GUGAAAACAAGCCGUACAGCAGCUAAGGGCUUUUGAUAUUUUGCUUAAUAACCUAUCUUCAUUUUAGCUACAAACAAGGGUGCAGCUUUUACAGUAGAAAAGAGAGCAAUAAAUGUUUUGAGUUUUUGAUUUUCCGUCCUGCAGAUGUGAGAGUGUGAACGCAGCUGCUGCGUUAAGGGAGCGUCUUUAAAAAGAUGUGCGAGGAAAUAAACGUCGAGCUGCGGCGGUAGCCAGGGGUCUGCACUCACUUUCAGUCUCAACAGAAGAAUAUAAAGUUAAGUGAAGCUGGAGAGAUGCCUGCACCAGAGAGCGACCAUGCACAGCGUGUCCUGUCCUCCCUGAACCAGCAGAGGGCAGUAGGGAGGUUUUGUGAUGCAGUGUUGAAUGUGGGAGGCGGUGUGGUCUACCUGGCCCACCGCAACAUCCUCGCCUGUUUCAGUGAGCUGUUCCAACAGUCCAACAUGCCCGCUGCACCGUGCAUGGAGUUCUGCCUGCAGGAAUGCCCCAACGAUGGCCUCGAGCUGCUCCUGAACUUCGUCUACACCGGAGAGCUGAAGCUGAAUCCAGACAACCUGGAGAAGGUGCAGCAUGCAGCGUCCAGCCUGUGUGUGCCAGAAGCUUUGGCUCUCUGUGAACGCUACAAGGAAACCUCUGUGGCUGCUGCUCCUUUGAAGCGUAAAAGAGGAAGACCUAGAAAGUCCAAAUCAGACACAAACCCCCCUUGUUCAGUCACAGAUCAGACCUUGCUCACAGUCAAGAAACAGGAGUCCAUCGUUGAUUCUGUUACACAUAAUUUUAGCAUGGCUGCCACUACUACUGCUACAACCUCUGCAACCACAACCACUCGCUCCGGUCGAGUGGUUAAAGGCCCCAGGCGACUGGUGACUGAUGAGACCCCCCCUACUGAUUUUACAGCUACUGAAAAAGCCAACAAGAAGGCGCCGCUUAUUCCUGCAGAGAAAGAGAGCAGUGAUGAUGUUGUGGAGAACCAAAACCCAGAUCAGCCAACUGAGAUAAACGAGUUGCAGAUUGACAUAAACGACAAAGGUGUUAGCCGGGUGAUUGAGGAAGCAGACGAGGAUGAUGACGGGGGUUUUGAGGGCAUCACUGAAGACUCAGAUGAGGAGUAUGUUCCUGUUAAUGAACCCUCCUCUUUAGCUCCGUCCACAUCAACAGCACGGAGGCGAAAGUCGCAGAUUAAAUUGGACAAAAACGGAAACGGUGAGGUGGCGGAAGAAGACUCGAAGAAGGACUCUGUGCAGUGCCCCAUCUGUCACAAAUCCUUCAAGAGCAAAUACUACCUCAAAGUCCACAACAGGCGGCAUACAGGGGAGAGACCCUUCGGUUGCCUUAAAUGUGGAAAGAGGUACUUCAGAAAGGAGAAUCUUUUGAUACAUGAGUUCAGAAACUGUGCAACAGCACAGAUAUACCCCUGCCCGACAUGUUCCUCAACAUUUAAUGGAAAAGAAGAGCUCCGUGUGCACAUUAUCUCCCACACAGGAGACAUGCCCUACAAGUGUUCAACAUGUACUGAACAAUUUAUGUACAAGAAAAACUUGACAUUUCACAUGAUGAAGAUCCACGGUCAUCCCAAACCACACGCAUGUUCACAGUGCCCCAAAACCUUCUUAACUCGGACAGAGCUGCGAGUGCACGAAGCGGCCAAACAUCGAGGCGAAAAGCCGUUUGUGUGUGAGGAGUGUGGCCAUCGAGCGUCCAGUCGAAACGGCCUGCAGAUGCACAUCAAAGCCAUACACAGAAAUGAGCGUCCUUUUGUGUGUAAUUUGUGUGGCCAUGCAUUCUCCCAGAAGAACAACCUCAACAUGCAUUUGCGUGUACACAGCGGUGAAAGGCCGUACCAGUGUCACCUCUGUGGAAAAACCUUCAGGACACAAGCCAGUCUAGAUAAACACCAUCGGACACACACAGGUGAGCGUCCCUUCAGCUGUGACGUGUGUGAGCAGCGCUUCACAGAGAAAGGCGCUCUUGUCCGCCACAAGGCCAGCAAACACGAGGAAGGCCGUCCCCACUGUUGUCACAUAUGUAAUAAAACCUUUAAAGCGAGGGAGCAACUUCGUGUCCAUCUGCGUCGCCAUAAAGGCAUGAGGAAGUUUGAGUGCAUAGACUGCGGCUACAAGUUCACUCGACAGGCACACCUGCGACGUCACGUUCAAAUCCACAAACGCACCGAGAACUACAACCCUCGGCAGAGGAAACUGAGGAACGUGAUCGUGCAGGAUGUGGAAGGAAGUGAAAACGAAGCUACUAAAACUGUGGAGGCCUCGCUGAUCGCAGACGAGACAGGUUACGUCCAACACACCGCCACCGCCGUCCAGCAAUCCACAAACCCAGAACCUGAAUCUGCGUCAGCCCUCAAUUCUAGUUGCAUAGUGAGAGUGGUGAUUGGGUCGAGUGACGCGGCGAUGGAGGGCGUGGUGUCCAAUCAGAACCUGGGACACGUCCAGGCGGUUCAUGGCUUCUCUGUGCCAGCGGUGUUGCAGCAAACACAGCUGGUCUCGGAGGCGUACGAGUCCACGGUGGAUAUGGAAGGAAUCGUUGGGAAUAUAUCAGAGAGUAAGACCUGAGACUGUGUGCAACCAGCUCAAGAGUUACUGUGAAGGACACUUUAUACAUGAGAAGCACUUAAAUCUGCUGUGAGGGAUGGUGACGCACCGCUGGAAAUAUUUGGCUUUACAGAUCCCGAGACAGAAGAAACUGCAAUAAAGUCGACUACUGUUGAGUUUCCACACGUUGGCGAACAGAAGUGAAUAGUUUUCAUGCUUUUGGUAGUUAAUAUACAAUAUAUGAACUGCAUGUGUGUGAAAUUUGCUUGAAUGUUUAAUUUUGGCUUGUUUUUAAGCCCUCUUUAUCAAUGUGCCUACUGCAGCUGGAAAAUGAGUA